AAAAUAUUUAUUUCUGUAGUUUUUUGUUUGUGGCAGUGACGAAAAUGUCGGGAAAAAGCGAAACUGACGCUACGCCCUCCGGACCACCGUAUUUUUCUAAACUGGCUCCAUUAUCACCGAAUAGGAGAGUGGACCCGAGACCAUCACCCUUUAUUGCAAAAGACGUUACUGAUAACCUCGAUGACAAAGCAACAGAAGAUUUAAGAUUCAAAGAACCAACCCACUAUAACCUGGACGAAUUCGAGUAUGAUAGAAAUGGCAAUAAUCCAGGCAAACUGAUCAUCUUCAAUCAUCAAGUUUACGAUAACGAGAAGAUAAAAGAGCGUUUUGGUACCAAAAGAGACGUAAACGAGAUCAUUAUCUGUUUUCAGCGGCUCGGAUUCAACGUUUCCGAGGAUGACGUCGUUACCGACGCUACCAUCGAGCAAGUUAGGGCCAAACUUGAUUCUGUUUUAAAAGAUGAACAAACGCUCUUUCAAAGCAAUUGCCUUGUGGUGUUUUUUCUCACCCACGGAGAUGUCAAGGACAAGUUGUGCGUAAAAGACGGAGAAAUUAAAUGCAGCGACGUUUGGAUGAAAUUUAACGAUUGCAAACAAUUGGAGGGCAAACCGAAAUUGUUUGUGUUUCAGGCUUGCAAAGGCAAACAAUUCGCAUCCGUGGACCAACCAGAAUCGACUUUCAACCAGCAUUCCCCGGUACUCCUUGAUCUCGACACGUCUUUCUCUGUUAAUGACCUUGGACCCGAUAUGCUCCUGCUCUACUCUACCUUAGAGGAUUAUGUAUCGUUUAGGAACCCACUGACUGGGACAUGGUUCAUCCAGGAGCUGUGCAAGAACUUCUCGUCGUACGGCAGAAGGGACGAUGUGAUCUCAUUGAUCACCAGAACGACCAAAUGUGUCAGUAAUAGUUACUUUGUUAUGCACGAGGACGAUAAGACCGUUUUAAAGCAGAUGCCCAUAUACGUCUCCACUUUGUCCAGGAAAUUCUAUUUGAACCGGAACAAGGACAGGCAUCUCUUGCUGGAAAUGAACCGGAAACAGGACGAGAUUCAUCAGAUGCUGGAGGAGUUGAUGAUUUAUAUCAGGAGGAAGUAGAUGAGGAUGCACUGAUUUAUGUUUUUUUUUGAGGAAUUUUUAUUAAAGACAUUUGUUAA